UACGCAGUGUUCGUGCUAAAAUGACAUUAAAGGCAGUUCCGGUGCCCGUGCAAACACCAGCCGUUGUCAAUCUGAAUUGGAAUCCAGUGGAUCAGUCUGCCAACGAUGCAUUCCUAGCCCAAUGCAAGAGAUUGAAGCUGAUAGAGCUUUCACUCGGAUUCCUGGCGCAAUUUUUGAUCCACCGUCGGCCGCCCCACGAAGCCGGCGUCGAGUACACAUUUCUCUUCGUCACGUUCAACGCAUCGCUGUUGACUUUGGCCAACCUGCUGGACGGUUGCAUCAAUGGAGAGUUUCGCAAACUGCUGCAGCUGGAUGACUGCUGGGACGAGGUGGAACUAUACUACAGUGGCAUUGUUGCGUUGAUCUUCUACAGCGGAUCCUUCUGGAUGGUGGCCACCUUUAUUGGGUAUCUUGACCUGAGCGGAUUGGCCAAUACGCUGUCCGGGUUGGUUGGGAUGGUCGCCUGUCUUGUCUAUGGCUACCAAUGGUGGUUGCUGUACCGGAGGAGAAUGCUGGAGAGGGACCUGCGGACGCAGAAUUCCGGACACCGUUAAUGAAUCUCGGGAAUUUCUUUCCUAGUAAACACCAACAAGCAGGCACUUUUUCUAUGUUUCAUAAUAUAUCAAGAAAUUAAUUUAUUGGCUUUACACACUAGUUAUUGGUUUUCUUUCUAUUCGCCGUAACAUGAGUGUUAUCGAUUCCUACCGGUGCUACAUCAGGCACAUGCAGAUGUGCUACAAUUCCUUCGAAAGCCCUAGCCUUACAUCGUAUGAAUUUCCUUACCGUGAAAGCCCACCGCGAAGAUGGAAAAAACAAUUUGUUGAGUCCUAUUAAUGUUUAGUUUAAUUAUCUUUUUUUUUAUUUGCUAUUUCAUUACAACUGUACAGCUUCUUCGUAGUCGUCCUUUAUAAGGCAAAUUUCCUUCCGCAAGUAGCAAUUGUUCAAUUGUAUUGGUGUUUUAAAUUUGAGCAAAAUAACAAGGAAACGCGCACUUUCGGGAAAUUGGCGUGUGGCAAAAAAUUUAAAAAAAUAAUAUUUAUAGGGUAAAACAAAACAAUAGUAGACAGUGUGUGGAUGAGACAGUCUAUUUUAACAUUGUUUAACCGGUUCGAACAAAUAUAUAUGAUUAUUUAUAUAAUAGGUAUUUUUAAAGGUUAUACUAGUGUACAGUUCGAUUUUCUUCGGCCUAGUAAGUAUUUAGUAAUUACAAUUUUUAGCAUGGAAAUUUUCCUCUCUUAUAUAGUAAGGGCAUAUUCUGUAUGAUAACAAUUACAAAUAUCACAAAGCAGGAGAAAUUGUUUACUUAUAGGUUUUUUUUACGAUAGAGUUAUGGUAGUAGUAGUAGUGGUAGUAGUAGUAUUAUUGAUUAAGCCUUACAUUGUUUAAAUAACACUUCGGUUGUAUUCCCGUUCCCUUCU